AGAAAACAGUUCGUUUAGCGAGCAGCAGUCGAAAGAAUCCAAUAAUGCCGCCGACGGUGCCGCGCGAGUGGGUCAAGAAGGUGCGUGCUAAAACACCGCAGCUGCUCGAAGUUGGCAAGCCAGCCCCGAAGGCGGUGCUGAGCUUUGGCGGCUGCGGCUUCCUCGUCACCUACGCCCUCGGGGUUGCGCUCUACCUGCAGCAGGAAAAGAAGGAGUUCGUGGCGAACAGCUUCUUGCUCGGCGCAGGGUCGGGUGUGCUGCCGGCCAUUGCCCUCGCCUGCGGUCCUCGCGCCGUCAACCUGGAACAGGUGCGCGACUUCAUCGUGAACAACCGGUUCGUCGUGACGGACGAGGAGAAGCGCAUUGAGGUGCUGGCGGCCGGCAUCAACCAGCUUCUGCCGAAGAACGCGGUGGACCUGGUCAAGGGUCGAUUGGCGCUGACGAUCGGGUUCUCGAACAAGGACCCCGGCUACAUGACACAGGCGAAGGAGAACAUCUACUUCGGUCACCACAUCGCCGAGUGGACGGACUUUGAUGACCUGGCGCAGAACGUUAUCGCGGCGACGGCGCCCAACACGCAGAAGCCCUGCAUCUUCCGCGAUGCCGACAACGUGCUGCGCGGCACGAUGAUGUCGCUCAGCAGCGAGCUGGAUCAGUACUGCCGCCACGUCUACAUCCACGGCUACGCGGGAUACCGCUACAACAAGAACCAGGCGCGGCACAACAUCAUGUUCGGCCGCCACGGCUACCUCGGCAACACACACUUCACGUUUCCAAAACAGGUAGUCAUGGCGUUUGCGCCGCUGCUCGGCGGUGACGCCCGCAAGGACGACCUUCUGCAGGCGUACGACGUGGGCUACAACGACGCCCGCCGGUACGAGCGGUGGGAGGAGGACCCGUACUACUUCGCCAAGGCCGACCGCUCGCCCAGCGACGACUUCAACUUCCGCAACUUACGGGCGAACUUGUUCGGCGGAAAGAGCGCGUCGGAGCGCUUUGAGUUGUAG